UCAUUUGACAUUUAGGCUUUUCUUCUCACCUUUAACCUUCAUUAAUGUUUGCUUUUUAAACCAUUUUGUCAAAGUGCUUGAAUACUAAACAAGAGUCCUGCAUUACAAAGAAGCAUCAAUCAUUUACUGAUAGUAACCAUCAUUAAAACCUCCUGGUCACGUUGUGAAUAACGACCCAAAAAAAAAAAUCCAGUCCAUUUAUCAAUAACCUGAAAAGCUUUUAUUUAUGGAUUACUGACAUUCAUGACUGCAUUACUAACAAAUAAAAAUAGAUUGAUCACUGACCAAAGAGAUGUUUGACAAUCUGGCAAAGCCAGAUUUGUUCUUAUUAAUGGUUUGUGACGGAAAAGUUUCGUUAAAGGGCCUUCAUUAAUAGUGAACUGUCAGAAAGUGGUUCCUGUGUGUUUGAUGUCUUUUAUCUGGUGGCGGUUCUUCGAGCUGUUGUGUGGUUCUCGGUGUUUAGCUAGCGUCGUCUGGAUGAAGGCGUUUCCAGUCUGCAGGAGACCGAGCUGGUGUUUCUGCUGCGUCUCAGAAACCAAAGACGACUUCAUGCGACGGGAAAAAAAACAAUUUCCAUGUUGAUUAUUUUUGUUCAAAACAAAUGAUCUGCGCCUUCGGUGCAGAUUGAAAUGUGAGGGUGUCACUUUGACCUUCACAAAUUUGACAAACAGAAGAUUAUUCUAUCAUGAAAGUACAGUAAUUACUGGUUGCAUCCUUAUAUAAAAGAGUUGAAAACUGGCUCCACCUCGGCCAACUACAGCAGUAAAAUGCUGCUUAAGCAUUCGUGCAACAGUCGCAGGGGACUUUUUUUUGGGUUUUUUACUUUUGAUACUUUAAGUACAUUUUACUUUGGUAACAUUUUCAUUACAGGACUUUUACCUGUAGCAGAGUUUUCAAAGUGUUGUAUUACACUUUUUACUUAAGUGAAGGAUCUGAAUUUUUUUUUUCCGCCACUGAGUCGAACCCUUUUUCCUGAAUUCAUGUUCUCUAUGUCCUGUAGAAUAUUUGACUGUCAGUGCUAAAGAAGAGGAAACUCCAGCAACCAGCACCUGGAUUACAGCUGUUGGAUGGAUCCACACUGGGAACUAAACAUUCUUCCUAACACAGGCUGGUUCAGCUUUAAUUAAGGAACUCUUUGGGCACCUGUGAAGGUGAAUGUUGGAAAAUACAAGGAAAACCAGCUAAAAAAAAGGAAAUAAGAGAAAAGAAUAAGCCGGGGAAACUGGAGGAAGUGAAGUUGAAUAAGGAAAAAAUAAUUUAAAGUAAGAGACGAGCAUAAACGCACUUCCACUUCUCAACUUCCAACAGGAUCCUGGAUUUAGUCUUUCUUCAUGACGACUGGAGAGACUGAAGAGACGUUGAUAUGUGGACGACAGAAGGAGGCGGGAAGGAUGAUGGGAGGAGGAGGAGGAGAAGGGAACCUGAAGCGUUCUCGGUCUUCCACCACCCUCAGCACUAUCGCCAUCCAGGCCGGCCAAUCGCAGAUCGUGGUCUCUGUCCUCAAGAGCGGGUCUGUGGUGCACCUCCAGCUCGUCCAGGUCCAUCCAGGCCUCUGUGAGAUCGGAUCGAACCAGGAGGAAAACCAGACACUGAUCAAGGAGCUGCAGCAGCUGAUGGAGAAACUCAGGAAACAUGAGACAGAGGUGCUGGCUGUGGUGGAAAAUGGCCGAGAGACAGAGCAGAGGAGGAAGAGGAGGGAUGAGGGGAUGAUGAAGCAGGAGAGGAACCAGAAAAACGAGGAAGAGGAGGAAGUGCACAAGGCCAUGGUGGCGUCUCUGAGCGAGGGAUGGUCGCUGCUCCUUCGCCUUCUCGAGAGACGACAGGAAGUCCUGAUGUCGGCUUCAGACUUUUACCGCCGAGCACUGGAGUUUGCUGUCAGUAUCGACAGAGUUGAGGAUCUGCAGAUCAGACCAGACAACGACGGACUGAGUGAAGUGCAGCUCACAUACGAGUCCAUGAGGAGAGAUCUUCUGGGAAAAUCCCUGCAGGUUUUAACCAGCAGCAGCGUUCUGCUGCAGAAACUCAGACGGCUGCAGAGGACCGAGGCCCUCCAGAGGACAGGGAGAGUACUGCAGGAUGAGGAGGACAAGGAGGGGGAGGAAGGACAGAGUUCCCAGUGCAGCAGGGGCGUGGCGUUGAGGCUGGAGGAGCUGGUGGAGAGGCUGCAGGAUCGGAGGAGGAAGGCGGACCAAGCUGUCAGGCUGCAGCUCCGACAGGCGAAGAACGACUUCUUGGUCCACAAGAAAGAACAGGAGUCUAGACCGGCAGGUUCUGAAGACUGGACUCUCACAGUUGACAAAAUCCCAGUCCAGAACCUGCAGUCUCAAUCCAGAUCAGCAGAGAGUGCAGACCUGCAGUCAGAUUCCAGAACAAAAGAAACCAGAGACCUUCAGCCUGGAUCCGGUGUAGAUGUGAAGCCUGGAUCUACAUCAGAGGAAACCAGAAUCUUUGAGUCGGGAUCCAGAUCAGAUAUCAAGCUUGAAUCCAAGUCGGAUCUGAAGACAGGAUCUAAAUUAGUUGUGAAGCCUGGAUCCAGACCAGAGGAGACCAGAAACUUUGAGUCAGGAUCAAGAUCAGAUGUAACGCCUGAAUCCAGAUCAGAGAUGAAGCCUGGAAUCAAAUAUUACGUGAAGCCUGGAUCUAGAUCAGAGCAAACCAGAGAUGUGGAUCCUGGAUUCAGGUCAGAAGAGACCAGAAAUUCAAAGUCACGAUCCAGAUCAGAUCUGCAGCUUGGAUUCAGAUUAGAGCCAAAACCUGCAUACAGAUUAGAGGAAAUCAGAAACGUGCAGUCCAGAUUCAAUUUAAGCCUGAAGGCUGGAUCCAGAUCAGACCUGAAAUCAGAUUCCAAAUCAGGGGAGACCAGAGACCAUCAGCCUGAAUCCAUUUCAUUUCUGAUGCCUGUAUCCAGGUCAAAGGAGACCAGAGAACUGCAGCCUGAAUCCACAUCACAUGUGAAGUCUGAAUCCCAAACCGAUGAGACCAGAAACCUCCAACCACAAACAAGAUUAGACCAGAUGCCUGGAUCUAAAUCAGAGCAAACCAGAUAUGUAGAGCCUGGAUUCAGGUCAGAGGAAACUAGAAACUUAGAGUCAAGAUCCAUAACAGAUGUAAAGCCUGGAUCCAGAUCAGAUAUGAAGCCUCAGUCUAGAUCACAGGAAAACAGAAACCUACAGUCUGAAUUCAGAUCACAGGAGACCAUGGAGCUCCAGUUAGGAUCCAGAUCAGAUAUAAAGCUUGAUUCAAGGUCAUAUUUAAAGCCUGGAUCCAACUCAGAAAAGACCAGAAACCUGCAGCCUGGAUCUAGGUCAGAACUGAAGUCAGAUUCCAAAUCAGAGGAGUCCAGAAACUUUGAGUCAGGAUCUUCAUCAGACAUGAACAUAAGAUCCAGAGUAGAUCAGAAUACUGAAUCCAGAUCAGGGGAGACCAUAAACCUGCAUCCUGGAUCCAGAUCAGAGACUAAAGAGCUGCUACUUGAUGUACAGCCUAGAUCUAGAUCAGAGAAGACCACAGACUUGCUUUUUGAUUCCACAUUAUCGGAGAGCAAAGACCUGCAGCCUGGAUCCGGAUCAGAGGAGACCAGAAACCGUUCCAGAUCAGAUGUGCAGCCGGGUUCCGGAUCCGAACUGAAGCCUAAAUCGAGAUCAGAGGCUGCAGAUGUCAAAUUGUCCCAACUGAGCAGGAAACGGGACGAGACCAAACAGCACAGACCUGCUACAACUACCAGUGGGCAGGUGGCAGGACUGGAGGGGACGCUAAUAAAGGAGAUUCAAAGUGGAGAAGACCACACCCACCAAGCCCCCCUGACCAAUCAGCGGCAACAGCUGCUGUCGUCAUGUGAACGACUCGUGGACAAGGUGUGGAGCUGGGUGCAGCACGGCAGCAGUGUGUUGUCCAACAGCUCUGAAGCAGGACGGCAGCUCUCUGAAGCCGAAGACACUCUGAAGACACACCUGCAGCUGCACACACAGGCGGAGUCGGCAGGUCACGAUGCAGAGAACCUGAAGCAGAUCCCGGAUCAGAUCCGAGCUCUGCACGCAGAUCCAACCAGCAAAACCAGUCCCCAGCGUCCAAGUGAACCCGGCAGACAGCUGCCCCCCCUGAAGGCCCUGACUGAGCAGCUGAAGAGAGGCGCCACAGGAAGGCAGACCGGAGCCAGCGCCGCUCAGCCUGGUGCACCUGCCGCUGACCCAAUUGAUUCACUGGGUCCUGAACUUGCUGGUCGAGUUGAUCUGGUCCUGGACGAGCUGCAGAGCCUGAACAGGAAGAUUGACUCAAACCUGCAGCUGCUGCAACCAUACGUCACUUUCCUCAGGACAGCGCAGCAGGUGGGGGAAGAGAUGGAGGAACUGAGGGAGGUCUACAGGACGAGACCAGAGGAAAAAGAAAAGGAGGAGAAGCAGGAGGAGAGGGAAGCUGGUAGUAGCGAUAUCAGGACCAGGUCACCGCUGAAUAACGAGGAGCAGGUCGGCACCUGCUGGCAGGAAACGCUGCAGAGGCUCCUCGCUGCUCAGGAACUGGGAAACAACUACGUCCGUAUCGUUACCAUGGUGUCAGGAUCAGGGUUAAACCUGCAGUCUGUGGUGUCGGUGGUGCUGCAGACAAUCGAACAGCUCAACAGAACCAAACAAGAAGUGAACCAGCUGCGCAAUCACCAGAAAAUCCAGAUCCAGCAGCAGCAGGAGGACAUGAAGUACUGCAGGAAAUACCAAGAAAGACUACUCAAGACCCUGCAGGACUUGAACUGUGUUUCUGAGCUGCUGGACUCCUGCACCCUGUUGGAUCUGGGUUCAGACCUGCAGACCUCCAGGCUGCUGGAGCGCUUCAGCCAGGCCAGACCUCAUUUUAUUCAACUAGAUGCUGAGGUGGAGUACAUGAUCAAGAGCUGGGAGACUCUGAGAGGAGUCCAGGAACGGCUGGAGGUGAAAGAGGUAAAGGGAGGAGCAGUGAAGGAGGAGGAUCUGUCAGAGCUGCUGAAGCUCCAGAAGAAAGUGAAGGACAAGAUCCAGCAGAGCGAGUUAAUCUUGGACCAGACCAGAAACUUCCACCUCACAGCCAAGCAGCUGGAGGCGCUGCUCCACUCAGAGCCCGUGAGCCCUUCAAGCGGUUCGACUGGUUUACGUGGAUCCGGUGAGGCUGAGUUGAGCCGGCACAGAGAGGAACAGCAGCAGAUCCAGAGUCUGUUUAAAACCGCUUCAACACUGAGGACGGAUAUCUGCACCGCCGUCGCCCACAGUGGCUGGACAGGUUUCAGACUGGAGCAGCUGGAGGUUCGUCUUCUCUCUCUGGACUCUCUCUGUGUCUCGUGGCUGAACGAAGCAGCUCGACGUGAGGAAAAACUCCGCAGAGAGCUCCUGACUCACCUGCUCAACAAUGACGUCAACCAGCUUCGUGAAUCCUUCAAGGAGCUGAAGAAGCGGUUCAGCAACCUGAAGUUUAACUACCUGAAGAGAAACGACAGGACCAGGAAUAUGAAGGCCGUCAGGAACCAGCUGCAGCAGGUGGAGCUGUACGAGGAGAAGCUGCAGAUGCUCAGGAAACGCCUGCAGGUUGUGACGGUCCAGCUGGGGUCAGAGGUCAAGGACGGGGGUGUGGCCCGGGAGGUGGAGGACGCCGUCAACGAGCUGCAGAGACAGAUGGGAGAGUUUGAGCGAAGUGUCAGCGAACACCAAAAAACGCUGGACAUGACCUGCAGACUGCAUCAAGCCAUGGAGGAGUAUCAGUUCUGGUGCGAGGAGGCGAGCGCAACCGUCGCUCGCGUCGGGAAGUUUUCCUCACAGUGCCGCAGCUCAGAAGCCGUCUCUGUUCUCUACCGGCAGUUUGAGAAGUUCGUCUGGCCGACGGUUCCUCAGCAGGACGAGAGGAUCCGUCAGAUCACGGAGCUGGCUCUCAGACUCCACGGGGUGCAGGAGGGGCGGCGGUACAUAGAGAAGACAGUCAGUAAACACUCGGAGAUGGUGGAGUCCAUCAGAGAGCUCAGUGAUGGACUGAUGGAGCUGGAGGCCAAACUGAAGCUGGAGAGUCUCAAAGUGCAGCAGAACGACGGAGAGAAAGAAAUGAAGGAAGAGGGAGAGAUGGAGCAGAGGAGAGAGAAUGAGACAGCAGAGAAAGAUGAAGAGGAAAAAAACAAGUCGAAGGGAAACAGAGAGGCGGAUAACCGCAGCACACAGGAGGCUGCUGACACGUAUGAGUUGAAGGAGACAGGCCACACCCCCGAACUGACCGCCGAGCAUGAUGGGAAGGAGGUACCCGUGAAGAGGCAGACUGCAGCCAAUAGGAAGCCACCGUUACGGAAGAGCAGCAGUCAGGAGGCUGACAGACAGAAAGUCCUCUCAGAGAGCAGCCACAGACAGCAGUUAAGCAGUGAGAGGUUCACCUCUACCUACUGCUCCAACCACACUUUCAGCCUCUCCUGCUCCCCAGUGGAGCCCAACCGACGGGUCCACGCCAUCCAGAGCCAUUUACAGGCUGUCAACACUAAGCCUAAAGCCGCGCCCCCUCAUCCUUCGAUUGACCCGUCACCCACUGACAUCCAGAGGCAGUUUCAGAGGAAGGAGCUGCAAAUACCGGGACAGCAGGAUGCAUCAGCAGGAGAACUGUUGGAGGCAGAGCUGCAGCAACAAGAAGUGAUGACAGAGGACUCGCUGUCCAAUGAUGAAUACGAGUGUGCGUCACCUGACGACAUUUCCUUGCCGUCGCUGGCAGAGACACCAGAGUCCAGCGUUGUCCAGUCAGACAAUGAGGAGGGCUUUUGUUUGAGUUCCAACAGCAUCCACAUCAACCAGUACAACCAACAGUACCAUGCCCAGUCAGAGCACAGUGGAACUGGUGCUGCUACUGGUGCAGUCCGACGACCGAGAGAGUCCAGUCAGACAGAGGGUUAUCCAACUCCUCCCACCAGUCUUCACUGCAGCACUAGGUUCAGAUCAGAAUCCAGUUUGUUUGUCCAGAGUCCGUUGACAGUUCCUGCUUCAAGCUUCCUCACGAGCACUCUGUGCACCAUCUUGAGAACUGAAGAGACUAGCACAGCUAAUUUCUCUCAGAGUGCCGACCUCUCUCCGCUUGGGCCUGUACCCAACUUUGUCUCUGAAUCUAAACCAAUCCACAAGAGUAACACUACAGACAGUUGUUACACCGAGGAUAAUGAUGUCUCUGAGAGGAAGAGCUCUUCAAAAACUGAGCCCUUAUUAAAUUACCACAACAGGCGGUAUAACCAGCCUCAGAGGAGUACAGGUACCCAGAGUAAGAGCACCCCAAAUGUCACAUCCAAAAGUGAGACCUUUCCAAAAACUGAUCCCAAUCCCCAUCCUGAAGAGCUCGAUCGGAGCCCCACCCUCCCCAACUCCAGCUAUUGUCCUCAGCCCUUUAAUGGUUCAGACCCUGAUCUCCACAAGUACAAGAGCCCUCCACAAAACACUAUGUCCCUCAAAUGCAGCACUACUUUUCCUCAAACCAGAGCUGUCAUUUGUCAAGACAGUUUUACACAGUCCUUCCCUUACUCAGAUGUUGGCUUGGAUAGGGACAUAAAUUCCUGCCAAACCAGAAAGGAAGCAUCCCCAGUCUCCAAACCUCAAACGGAGAGUCUCACCAGCACCAGUAUGGUUACCAAGAAGACCACUUACUUCCAAUGCUCCCCUUCAAGCACUUAUUGCACAUUGCCACAGGCUAGCAACAGCCUCAGGUCUCUCCACAAAAGCCCCUUAUCUCAGAGUAAGAGCUUGCCACAGGUCAGCAGCACUCUCAGGUCAAACCUUGAAAGCCCCUUCUCCCGGGGUAGUGGCGAUCUACUUGAAGUCCACGCCCCAAUACUUCCAGAGCCAAUCAGCAUCGGCGACAUCAGUAUAUCCAGCAGUACCAUUACCAACAGUAACAGAUUAAGCAGCAAGCAGAGCCAGCAGACUGUCUACUCCCACCAUGAGUCCUUGACCUCCACCUGUACCCAGCAGUGUGUGCAUGACCCUGGCAUGACCCCCAGCAGCCCUGCCAAGCCUGCUGCUCCUCCUCAGCCCAAGACACAGACCCAAGCUUUGGCUCAGCAGGCUAACCUGCAUGUCACACCCCCUUCCUCUUCACCUCAUCUACUAACUUCAGACCAAGACCCAGACAUUUGUCAGCCCAUGGCCAUCCGUGAGGAGAUCAGGCUUACUCCUCGGAUCCAAGGGCCUCCCCUUCCUCUUCCUCCUCUUCCCCAGGCCCAGGCAGAGUCUCUUCCCCAGGGAAAAGCCUCUAAACCUGGCCCGCCCUGCUUCACCAGGCCCCUUUCCAGAGCUACUGUCAUGGAGGGCUCUCCAGUGACGCUAGAGGUGGAGGUGACGGGAGACCCAGAACCCAUGCUCACCCGGAACGAAACAGUGAAGCUAACACUGAGCGCUGAGCAGAUUUUCUGCGUGGCCGUCUGGUGAUGCAGUCAGGGUUCCUGUAACGCAACAGGACUUAUAGAUAUGUAUUGUAUCAGAGCUGUUGUCAGGCCUUCCCUGGCUCUGAGCGAGGCUGUGUGCUGUCUGACCUCCUGUCAUCGUGGUCGCUCCAGGUUUAAAGACGGAGACGUGUCAGCCGCCAGCCCGGGCCGAGCGCUGGCCUGCGAGGACGGGACACACUUCCCGUUUAUUCCAGAGGCGUUGGACUCGGAUGGCGGCUUAUACGAGGCCCGAGCUAGCAACCAUCCCGACUCGCAGCGGGCAGCUGGUAACAGCGGCAGCAGUGACGAGUGGCUGGUGGCCGAAGUGUUUGACAUCAUCGGAGCGGACUGGCAGACCUGGUUCGGUACACUGUGCGUUCUGCUGUGGGUGCUUUACCUGAUUGUACUCUAAUAACCAUUUUCCACUACAGGAACUGAACGACCUGUAACCUGGAGCUCCAUUACCUGAACUUAUAAGAACCUGUGUGGUUCUAGGUUUUGCCUUGUGUUUCCACUGUGUGUUACGAACCACAAUGUUUUGGAUACACGGCGCUGUGCAGAAGUUUUAGGCCCUAAAAGUAAAGAUGUUUUCAAAAGAAGACAUGAACAGUUUCUGUUUCUCUGUGAACUUCAUCCAAAGUGCAGUAAAGAGAAAAAUCCUUAAUCGGGGAAAAGUGUGGCCACAAUUGAUUUUUCUUUCACAUUUACAUGGCAUAACUUUGAAAAUAACUUAUAUAUAAAUAGCUUUGAAAAUGUAUAAGGGACUGGAACGUUACAUAGAAACGAAAUUAAACUGUAAACAUCCUCUAACACUGUGUACACAUUUUAUAUGGAAAAAUAACGAGAUAGCAACACUCGUUUUGCUUGUUUGAUAUUCUGAAUCAGAAAAUAACCUGUUUCCUGAAACACACUUACUUCUGUGGUCUAAACACGUCCUGGUUUACUAAUUCGCAUGUUUGUCAUGUUACAAACAAGAUGUUGUAUCCUGGAAGUUGGAUUCAGCAUCAUUUCCUGAGCAGAGCCCAAAUGUAGGUUCGUCUUCAGACUGAAACCCACGUGUGAAUCUACGGGUCGUUUGUUUCCUGUGAUGGAAAGAGGCCACACACACACACACACACACACAC